AGGAUCGAUGAGCACUUCCUCGUGAUAUCACAUGACCGUUGAAAAUAGUGGUCAACAUGGCGAAAACUAUUGACAUGAGUUCUUUCAAUGGACCAUUAAAUGAUGUUGCUGCACGAAAGAUAAACCAACUUGCAGUUACAAGAGACUACAUCUCACAGCCUAGGAUAACAUAUAAAACUGUGUCAGGUGUAAAUGGACCUUUGGUUAUCUUGGAUGAUGUAAAGUUUGCCAAAUUUGCAGAAAUUGUACAUUUAACAUUAGCAGAUGGAACCGUCAGAAGUGGACAAGUUUUGGAAGUGUCUGGUUCUAAAGCCAUUGUUCAGGUAUUCGAAGGAACCUCCGGAAUUGAUGCCAAACAUACAUUAUGUGAAUUUACAGGAGAUAUUCUUAGAACUCCUGUAUCAGAAGACAUGUUGGGUCGUGUGUUUAAUGGUUCAGGUAAACCUAUAGAUAGAGGUCCACCAGUAUUAGCGGAGGACUUCUUGGAUAUUCAAGGACAACCUAUCAAUCCCUGGUCUCGUAUUUACCCAGAAGAAAUGAUCCAGACUGGUAUAUCAGCUAUAGAUGGUAUGAACAGUAUUGCCAGAGGACAGAAAAUUCCUAUCUUCUCAGCUGCUGGUUUACCUCAUAAUGAAAUUGCUGCACAGAUUUGUAGACAGGGUGGUCUUGUCAAAGUUCCAGGGAAAAGUGUAUUAGAUGAUCACGAUGACAACUUUGCUAUUGUGUUUGCAGCUAUGGGUGUCAAUAUGGAAACAGCCAGAUUUUUCAAACAAGAUUUUGAAGAGAAUGGUUCUAUGGAAAAUGUCUGUCUUUUCCUUAACUUGGCCAAUGAUCCAACAAUUGAACGUAUCAUCACUCCUAGAAUUGCUUUGACAACAGCAGAAUUUUUAGCGUACCAGUGUGAGAAACACGUUUUGGUUAUUUUAACAGAUAUGAGCUCAUAUGCUGAUGCUUUGAGAGAGGUCUCAGCUGCUAGAGAAGAGGUACCAGGUCGUCGUGGUUUCCCUGGUUACAUGUACACAGAUUUAGCUACUAUUUAUGAAAGAGCUGGUCGUGUUGAGGGACGUAAUGGUUCCAUUACACAGAUUCCUAUCUUAACUAUGCCUAACGAUGAUAUUACCCAUCCAAUUCCUGAUUUAACUGGUUAUAUCACAGAAGGUCAGAUCUACGUAGACAGACAGUUACACAAUAGACAGAUCUAUCCACCAAUCAAUGUAUUACCAUCACUAUCUAGAUUAAUGAAGUCAGCUAUUGGAGAAGGCAUGACAAGGGAAGAUCACUCUGAUGUAUCUAAUCAAUUGUAUGCUUGUUAUGCUAUUGGUAAAGAUGUACAAGCUAUGAAGGCUGUAAUAGGAGAGGAGGCUUUAACACCAGAAGAUUUGUUGUAUUUAGAAUUUUUAACCAAAUUUGAAAAGAAUUUUAUAUCACAGGGUCAUUACGAAAACAGAACAAUUUUUGAAUCUCUAGAUAUUGGAUGGCAAUUGUUGCGUAUUUUCCCAAAAGAAAUGUUAAAACGUAUCCCUCAGUCAACUUUGGCAAAAUAUUAUCCAAGAGACACACAAAAGUCCGCAGGGGCAGCUGCCCAUCCAGAUCAAAGCACACAAUUAUAAGAUUUACUGUAAAAUUAGUCAUCUUAUUAUACAUUCCCAGAAAAUAGAGGUCAAAGGCCAGUGUGCCGUCAGAACCUUUUUGUAUGUACAGUAUAACGAGAGGUUCUAGCUGUGAUUUAUUUCAUGACAUACUGUAAAGUGGUAUAUAUUUGAAGAGUUUUAAUUUUGCUAUUUCUAGUGCUAUACCAGGUCAUGAAAUUUUAGUUUUCAUGUUUUUCAAACCUGUUUCUGAACUUUAUAAAGGUAAAAUUUCAGAGAGGUGAUAUUUACGAGUAAUUAUCUCAAAUGCAGAAAUAAACCCCACACGAAAAAUUUCCACUUUACAGUAUGGUCUUGUUAUUAAUAUAUAUAUUUGGAAACAUAUUAAACUAAACACAUUAUAGUGUCAUGCUAUGUAAAUAUUUCAAUUCUGUCUCAAAAUAAAAUCAAUUGUUUGAUAGUUCUAAGGGUAUUUUUUGUGGGGUGUGAUUUAAGAAGAUUCUAGGUAGAUGAUAUAAUGAAAUUGUGUUGUUUAUUGUCUAAUUUAUAUAAACAGAUGAUGUAAAGCAUAUGCAUAACAGUGAUAAAUAAAUUCUAUGUCGACUUUCAGUAAAAUGUAUGCGUUUUUUUCUGUAAUUUAAUGGUAGGUUUGUUAUAAUAUAUUUUAUUAGAAUUUCUAGUCAUCAUUUGAAUAUCUUUUACGAAGAACUAAAGCAAUAUGCUGUUGGUCUUUAUAGUAAACUUAAAUUUAUAGAAGAAGUAAAAACAAAUGAAAGAAUUGUAUACUUGCAUGAAACUUUUUGUUUUGCGUUUAUAUAUGUAUAUAUUAUUACUUUGUUUAUUCUAACUAAUUUGAUUUAUUCAGAAAGAGUCAAAUGUUUAACUGUAUUUUCAAAGGUAGACUCAAACGAUAGAAAAAGAGAUAUUGAACAGUUUUUUUUUGUGUAUAUCUAAAUAUAGAAAUCAUAAAAUCUCAAUACUUUGUGACGCUAUGGAAACCGCCAAUCAAGUGAAUUUCUGCUCUAUUUCUGGCGUAUUGACAAUAGUAAUAUAACAAUUGUGGUCUUUUUUCAGGUUAAUACAAGGAUAUAUUGACCUUAUUAAGUAAAUUGACCUUGUUUUUAGUCAAUAUACUUCUUUCAGUUUGAUAUAUUCUCGUAUGGACCUCAUAUAUAGGCUAUAAUAUAAAACAUCAUUCUUGAAAAUAUUUUCUUGCAUCAAGGAUUAUAGUAGUUAUCGUAUAUGAAAUGGAACCUGAUUUCAGUAGUUUUCAUUAAUAUUAUGAAGUUAUGUCAAAUGUUCUGUUAUGCUAUUCAAUCUGUGAAGUUUAAAGAUUUAGUCCCGGAAACGCUAUUGAUAUACUGUACAUUACCAGUCCUUUAAUAUAAACACAUUGCAAACUAGGAGAAAAAAAACAUAAGUUAUUUAAGCAUUAUGAAGAUCCUCAUUUAGAUCUUGAAACAAAUACAAUUAUCUUGGUUAUCUUGCACUACAAGUAGUAAGUUUAAGAGAGAAUGGUAUCAUUGUUUCCUGUCAUGUUUAACAUGUCUGAUGCAUUAGUUUUACUCUUUGACUUGUAUCUCUUGUUCAUAACCAACUAUUCAGCAUUGUCCAAAAAUUCAAAACAUAGCCUUAUUUAUUGUAAAAAAAAUACACAUUAUAAAACAUAUUGAUAUUUGAAAGUAAUUUAUGUAUGAUGCCAAGUCCAGUACCAGACUUAAAUAGAAAUAAGCUCUAUAUAAAGAGUAGUGUGUUUAUAUAUAUUCAGAUUAGUGUAUUUAUUUAUAAUUGAUUUUAGAACUGAAAUAUUACACAUAUUUCAUUGUGCAUGUAGACCUCAUAAAACAAAGUUGUUUCCAACAAUUUUCUUUGUCACUAAUAUGUUUGCAUGCAGCAGUAACGUUGCUAUAGUUUUAACAGUAAUUUUGCACACAAUUUCUGUAAAAGAAAUAGUACUUUGUAAAAGCCAAACAUUUUUUUUGCCAGUCUGUCCUCUUUGUUUAUCUUCAGGAUAGUAAAGUUUACACACUUGAAAGGACACAAGUGUGUAUAAUACCAUGACAUUUCAAAGGUAUAAUUAUACAGUAAUAUAAACUUAUUCAUUAUUUCAAUUGACAAUAACAAUCAGAAUUCCCCAUAGACUGGUAUCAGUAGUGCUAGGUUUAUGUAUUUGGAUGUGUAGUUUAGUGUGUUACACAUGGAUGUCUGUGAUUAUAACAUUAUAUAUAUAUCUUAACAUAAAAUGGUAAACAUUCAAGUUUAUUUUACAAAUGUGCAUUGUUAAGACAUGAUACUUUUGUGGUUGUCUUCAAAAAGUUUCUCUUAUAUGAUAGGGUUGUUGGUAGAGCUAAACAUAACAUCUUUUGUUUGACAGCUUGCCUGUGUAGUUCAUCUAUUGUUUUUGAUCAUUUGUUGCCUGUAAGAUAAAUUUGAAGACACCAGUUCUAACAAUAUUCUUUCUAAAUUGCUUGUUGUUUAACUUUAAACAAAACAGUGAUCUUCAGUGUUGAUUUUAUAAUGUGCAAUAAAUAUCAUGGUCAGAAAAAUGCAACAGUUGUAAGAUUUCUACCUGAAGAGUUUUCAUUUUAUUCAGCAUUCAUUUAUUUGUAUGUAAUGGAGGAGAAUACAUACAAUUAAAUAAAAAAAAACAUAUGUACACAA